AUGUCUGACUGCAGGUAUACAACCUUAUUCAGCAGAGAAUUAUUUUUCUUAUUAAUUACAACAACGUUUAUGAUAGGAACAUUCAUACUUUUACUAUCAUGCAUUCUUUCAAUUGCAACAGCAGCCAUUUUACCUAAAACAUUUUACGAAUUAUUAUACCAUGUUUUUGCAUUUGUUCUAUACCUUGCAGCUGCUGUUACACUUUUGGUAACGGUCAAUGAAAGUAACUACAGCAAAUAUAGAUAUAAUGAAUUGUUAGCAGCAGGAAUAAUCGCUCUUGUAAAUGCAGUUCUCUACCUUGCAAGCACAGUUUUUGCAUACAGGAGUAGUAAAGGACUGUGA